AUGGUCCCUAAACACUACCAGCAUGUCCUCACCUUUCUUUUUGCCAUUUGGGAGAUCAACAAGGAUGCUGAACUGUUACCCAACACCACACUGAAAUCAGAGAUCAGUGAAAAUGCUUUUAGUUCAGAGCAAGCCAGUUCAAAUGCCAUAAAUCUUCUCUUUCCACUACAAGAGAAUUCCCCCAACUACAACUGUGUCAGGAAGGAGAAAGUGAUGGCUGUCAUUGGGGGGCUCACCUCGGAAACAUCAAUUGGGAUGGCCAAUGUGUUCAGCACCUAUAAGAUGCCUCAGUAUAGACUUUAUGUGCCAAGGCAGAAGAACUGCACCGGGGAAGAGAAGCUGGCGAGCCUCCCUGGGUCUGUGUUUGAAAUGACAAUGUCUGGCCAGAGCUACAAUAUCUACAAUGCUGUCCAUGCCGUGGCACAUGCUCUGCAUGUCAUGGAUUUGCUUCAGUCUUUUCUGAGAAGCAUCCGUUUUAAUAAUAGUGCUGGGGAAGAAGUAUAUUUUGAUGACAAGGGGGACCUGACAAGUGGAUACGAUCUCAUCAACCUGGUCACCUUCCCCAAUGAAUCAUUCCAGAGAGUCCGAGUGGGAAGGGUGGGCCCUGGAGCAAUUCCAGAGAACGAGUUCACCAUCAACAGAAGUGCUAUUGUGUGGAAUCACAAGUUUAACCAGGAGCUGCCCCGUUCCACCUGUGUGGAGAGCUGCCACCCUGGACAGAGCAUGUUCGUCCAGCAGGGGAAGCAAGUGUGUUGCUACGAUUGCAUUGAGUGUGCCCAAGGGAGGAUUUCAGCUCAAAUUGAUGCAGACCAAUGUGAGAAGUGCCCAGAAGAUCAGUAUCCAAACAAGGAGCGAGGCCAAUGUAUUCCCAAGGAGAUAAGCUACCUGUCCUUUGAGGAGCCCUUGGGAGUUGCUCUGGCCUCCCUGGCUCUUGUCCUUUCUGCAGUCACAGCUGUAGUGAUGGGGAGCUUCAGCCUGCACUGGGACACCCCCAUCGUCAAGGCCAACAACUGGAGCAUCACAUGCGCCCUGCUCUGCUCCCUUCUGCUCUGCUUUCUCUGCUCCUUCCUAUUCAUUGGGUGGCCUGGGAAGGUGACCUGCCUUCUGAGGCAAACCAUGUUUGGCAUCAUAUUCUCCGUGGCGGUCACUUGUGUGUUGGCAAAGACCAUUACGGUGGUACUGGCCUUCAUGGCCACUAAGCCUGGAAACAGCAUGAGGAAAUGGGUGGGGAGGAGACUGGCAGUAUCAGUGAUAUGUUUAUGUUGUCUCAUUCAAAUUGUCAUCUGUGCUGUGUGGCUGGCAACUUCUCCCCCCUUCUCAGAGUUUGACAGGCACUCCCAGGUCAGUGAGAUCAUUGUUCAGUGCAAUGAAGGCUCAGCCCUCAUGUUCUACCUAGUCCUGGGUUACAUGGGGCUUCUGGCAACCAUCAGCUUCAUGGUGGCCUUCCUUGCCAGGAGGUUGCCCGACACCUUCAAUGAAGCCAAACUGAUCACCUUCAGCAUGUUGAUCUUCUGCAGCGUGUGGGUAUCCUUCGUACCCACCUACCUGAGCACAAAGGGGAAGUACAUGGUGGCUGUGGAGGUCUUCUCCAUCCUGGCCUCUGGUGCUAGCUUACUGGGCUGCAUCUUUCUGCCCAAGUUGUACAUUAUUAUGCUGAGGCCUGAGCUGAACACCAGGGAGCAGUUAGCUAGGAGAAACUAG